AUGACCCGGCGGAGCGCCAAUGCGAGCGAUGCCGGAAAGGAUGGCGGCGCAGCUUCCGCCGGGCCUGGCGGAGGAGAGGCGCGAGGCGUUUGCGGUAGCGGCGGCGGCGGCGGCGGCGGCGGAGCUGAUGGAGGCGGCUUGCGCGCGGAGCAGCUGCAGCGCGCCGAUAUGGCGGUGGUCGGUGCGCCGGCCGCCGCGAUCAUGCUGCCACGUGUCGCUUACAAGGCGGUACACGUGGCGGAGUUCGAGCAGCAGUGCCAGGCGCUAGUGCAGGACCUCCGCAGUGCGUUGGACGCAUGUGAGGCGGUGGAAGGAGCGCGGCUGGCAGAAAGAGACAUCAGUGUGCACGAUCUCAUCAUCCCCUCCAUGGGAGAGCUCGUAGCCGCCACUUGUGCACGAUCUCAUCAUCCCCUCCAUGGAAGAGCUUGUGGCCGCUUUCUUCAACAACCGUUCUCCACCCCUCUCUCCUCCUCCCUCUCUCCCUCUCUCCCCUCUCCCCCUCGUAGUGUGCACGAUCUCAUCAUCCCCUCCAUGGAGGAGCUUGUAGCCGCCACCGUGCCUUAUCUCUGGUCGCCCAAGCAGCCAGGAAAGUCAACGCAGCCAGCGGCCAAGUCAACGCAGCCAGGAAAGUCAACGCAGUAUAGACACGCUAAACAGUCAACGGGGAAGGCUGCAGAGCCAGGAGCGCACAACAAGGGGCCAGAGAGUGGCACUGACAGGGUACGCACGCAGAGAGUUGUGUUAGAGCACGAGGGAGAGGAGGGGAUGGAGGGGGGUAUGGAAGGGCGGAUGGUGGAAGAGGGGAUGGGGGUAGAGGAGGGGGGGAUGGGAGAGGGGGUGGAGGAGAGAAUGUGUCAGCGAGAGGGUGUUACAGGAGCAGAGGAGGAAAGGGAUGAAAGGGCAGAGGAAGGGGGAGAGAGAGAGGAUUUGAGGGAGGAGGGAGGAGAGGGAAGGAUGGUAGGAGAAGAAGAGGAGGAUGGUGGGAGGGAUGUGGAGGGGGAGAGGGGAGAUGGAGGGAGGGGAAGGGAGGAAGGGGGCGAGGCAGUGAGGGAAGCAGGCAGGGAGCAGCAAGAGAGAGGAAAGGAAGGCGAGGUGGGGACUGAGGAGGAGGAGAGUGAGAUUGAGAAGGACAGUGAGAAGGAGAACGGGGGGAGUGAGAAAGAGAAUGAGGAGAGUGAGAAGGAGAGGGAGAAGGAGGAGAGUGAGAAGGAGGGUGAGAGGGAGAAUGAGAGGAGGGCUCUGGAGCUGUACGAAAUGGCAGCGAGGGCGUUCGGCAUUCCCUUCCCCUCCCUCUCCCACACCGCCUCCCAUGCUGUUUCCACCUCGCGCUCGCAGCAGCUGCAGCAUCACCUGAUGUCCAACCGAAUGCAAGGGCCCGAAGGCGCGGAUAGAGGGAGUCUGGGUGAUGCACGUGUGAUGCGUGAUGGUGGUAACAGCGAGCAGCGUGUGAUGCAUGAUGGUAACAGCGAGCUGAGAGCCACCGACGACGGGGAUACAGACACAGAGAGCCUGGCUCUUGCACUCGCGGCACAUGAUGGAGCUGCUUCUGACGCGUGUGAGCAUAUGGAAUAUCACAACGAGCACAUGGUGAUGGUCACACAAGGCGGGGUGGAUGCUCCUGGACCGGAGGGAGCAGCAGACGUCCACGCCUCACCGUUCAUGUCGCCUCUUCCGCCUCCCCUCCCCUCCUCGCCGCUCUCCCUACCGUGUCUCUCCCCCGAUACUCGCCUGUCAGAGGGGACGUGUGAGGGCGGGGGAGGAGGGGUGCUGGGAUGGGAUGAGGAGGGCUGGGAGGAGGGAGGAGGGGAUGGUGACGGGGUUGGGAUGGGUGAGACGCGGUUGAUUGAGUGGAAUCAGGAAGAGGCAGCAGCAGGUGCUGAUAACGACUCACCUCCUCCCUCCCUCGCUCUCGUCCCCGCACCCGCUCAGCCUUCCCUACCCAUACAUCCUCCAUCCCAUUCCCACCUCCACCCUGCUACUCUCCCUCCCGCACCUUCUCUCUCUCCCCCCCCUCCCCGCCGCCAUGGCCCCUCUCUCCCUCCACGCCCCUCUCUCCCGCCUCUCCCACCCCCGGUUGGGGAUGGUGGGGAGGUGGAAGCAGGGGUGGGGGCGGGGAGGAAAGACCCUCGUCUCCUGCGCUCUCGUCUCACAGUGGACUGGCUCGUGCGCAUCGCCGAGACCCGCCGGCACUGCAUGGCGUCUGCCCCGCUGCAUUCCCUGCGCAACUUGCAGGAGGGCGGGGCGGAUGAAGGGGAAGGAGGGGGCAGCGAUGGUCCAGCGAGUGGCGGCAGCUGGGGGGAUGAGGAUGAGGAGGAGGAAAACGAGGAGGAUUGGGAGGGUAACCAGGAGGAGAGAAGGGAUGGAGGAAGGAGGAGAGGGGGCAGAGGAAGAGGCAAAGGUCGGGGUGUGGAGGGGAGAGGUAUACGAGGAAGCAGAGGAGGGAGAGGGGGAGGAGGGGGGGGCAGGGGGAGAGGGCGAGGCGGAGGGAGGGGAGGGGCGAAGAGGCCACUAGAGGCUCUUGCACGGGCCAACCUUCCCAAUCUCAUCUUUGCUAAAAUACCCGUGCGUGCGCCUUCUGUGCUCAUAUGCUCCCCCUUUGCUAGUGCCGCUCACUUAGAAUCACUUGCGCGGGCCAACCUUCCCAAUCUCAUCUUUGCUAAAACACCCGGCGCCCUUGCCUUCACUCCAGCGCCUUCCAGAGCACUGCAGCUACAGCAGGAGGUGGUGCUGCGGGUGGAGGUGCUGCAAGGGGUUGCCUACCCUUACACCCUCGUACCCCAUCUGCUCCCUUCUACCCAACCCCCCCUCCACAUACCAUCUACUUCCCUUCAGGGCGCCUUUCUCUUCAAACCAGGGCCCUCCAGAGCACUGCGGCCACAGCAGGACGUAGUGUUGCGUGUGGAGGUGCUACAGCAGGAAAAGCGGCAGCUCAAAGUGAGUACUGUGAUGCUUUAUAAGGAGGAUGGACGGCUUGAAGUGAGAUGCGGUGAUGUGGGUGAGGUGCAACAGCAGGAAGACUGGCAGCAGCUUCAAUAA